CGUGUACCUUGCUUCCCCCCACCUCCACUUUCGUUGAAUAUUCGUGGCAUGGACCACCAGCGGCCUGGGCUGCUGUCUACACAGUCUCCCGUAUCUUCAACGCCGACCAAGUCAACACCACACCGUCAACCUCAAUCACCCUUUCGUUAUGCGCCGCAACGCGACAUGAAUGAGAAAGACGACUCGACACUAGAAAUCCGUCUCGACGACCGCUAUCCCUCUUCGUCGUCCAGGUUCACCUCUAGAUCCCGGUCCCCUUCACCGUCACCUAGACGCAUAACUCAUCCUCCCGCACCGCAGUUCAGCACCCCUGAGCGCGAUCGUUGCUCCGCUCGGAGGGCAUGGAUCCCCGAGCGCGUAAAGCCCUGGCUGCCAGUGCUAAUGUACGCACUGACCAGCUUAAUAUUUGUCGUUGCCAUUGCGUUCUAUAAGGCGCAACUAUUUACGUUCCUAGACGACCUUGCAGUCUGGUUGCGUGCGGAUGUAUCCUUCGGAUAUACCGUCCUAUUUCUCCUCAUCUUUAUCACGACGUUCCCAGCUCCUCUCCCUCUCUACUCCACACUCAUCGUUUUGGCCGGGUACACGUUCGGUGCAUGGGCGGGUGCAAUCCUGUCCUACCUAGCUGCUCUUGCAGGUGCUAUCGUCGUCUUCCUCUUAUCACGCACGCUUCUCCGGGGCCCGAUAUCUCGAUGGCUCGAUUCCUGCCCAACCAUCAAGCAGGUUGUGCGUGCCGUUGAGAAGCGACCCAAGCUCCUCUUCCUCGUCCGUUUGGCCCCCUAUCCGUACAAUGUGAUGAACUGCCUGCUUGCUGCAGCUCCCAGUCUCACGUUCCGAACAUAUACGCUGUGCACCGCUGCGUCUCUGUUCAAGCUGAUCGUGCACACCAGUCUUGGUGCGUCGAUCCGGUCCUUCAAAGACUACCACACGUCGAGUGGGCAGAGUGGUGAGACGGAGGGCACGGUCGCAAGCGCAUGGACCAUCGCUGGUGUGGUGCUCUGCAUUGCAAUCCUGGUCUAUCUGUCCAUCGUUGCCCGACGAGCCGUUGACGAUGAGAUCGGCAGCGAACGCGAGACGGGCAAUGCGGAAGAGCGGGAAGGGUUCCUUGCCAAUGCUGACGGGGACGCGGCUGACCUGGAAGCUGGAGGAGCCCGGCCGAUGGUGGAGCUGCAGCGAUAGUCUGCGGCUGUCAGCAUUUACGUUUUACUCACCACGGACGAUUCUCGAUUCGGUUGUAUUACUUGCGUAUCUUAUCUACCACAUUCGUUUAGUUAUGUACUGUGUCUAUUGGAAAAGUCUCGAGUGCAAAGGCUAUUCUUUUUAACGAUACUAAACCCACGAGGAAGGAGAUCGGGACAUGUCAAUCGCCUGGACAGGCCACGCG